GGAGGCUGGUGUGGAUUAGUGCUGAGUUCAUGGCGACCUAAGCGAGUAAAACCCGUUAGGACGGUUGUUAUAUUGAGGGGAACAAAGUUUUGCAGGAAGGGAUUUGGCUGAGCUUUGAAGAGCGUUUACAUAGAUAGUCUUAACAUGGAGACGGCGUGGCUCUAACUAAAUUUAUGACAUGACUGCACUGGGAGGCGGGACGUAGGGGCCCGUGUUCUGUACAGACAGGGCGGUGACAGCCCGAAUGUCAGCCACAAGAGUCGGGGCAGCAGGGGCGGGGCAGGAGCUGUUGUCCCACAGGCUGACAAGUCUUGAAACUGUGUGCACCUCACUCAUUAAAACGACACAAGUUAGAGAAAGCAGGCAGUGCCCCUGGAAUAACUGUUAAGGCAAAUAAUUUGCUGGAAUCCAUAGCGGCUCUCAGAGUCAUCUCAUCAGUCCCCAAAUCUUGGCACGUCGCCCAUCGUGUGGGGGGGGCUGACCUCCUCCCAGGGAGCUCUGGCAGCCCUGGGUGAAAUGGGCGGGUGGCCAGGUGGUGGGGCUCUUGCUCGGCCCAGUCCUGCCCCUAAGACUGCCUGGUGCACCCCAGGCCCCGCACCAGAGUAAACAGCUCGACUGGUCUCCAGCUGCCCUGUCCCUGCCCCCUGGGAAAGGCUCUUCUGAACGUCCCGGUCCCCAGAGGCGUUCGUACACCUUACUGUAUAAUUGCAUAUUUAUGUGAGAAAGGAGAGACCCAAGGUGCUCAGAGAGACAGCACGGAGCUGCAGAGCUGGAUGGGUCCUGCCCCCUCCAGGCACCUGCGGCCCCCCUCCUCCGUUCUCCCCUUUCCUUUGGGUGGCGCGGCCCCCUGAGCAAGAGGUCGUCGGGUGGGGAAGGCAUAUCCCUAGGGCUGCGUGCAGACAUCGCGGUAGCAAGGCCUCUGGCUAGGUGCUUUACUAUCCGCAAAGCCCCUUGCCCACCUGCAGGUGCUGCUCAGGGCGCUGUGACUGGCGAGGCUCUUCGCCGAGCCCUCAGCGCCCAGGCCGGCUGCUCAUGGGCGUCUGCGCUGCCGUCCAGGCGGGGCCCGAGGGAUUCGGCAUUGGUUGGGCGCUGGUCUGUUAGGACUGGGAGCAGAGCCCAGCAGGCCUGGGGGCUCACAGUCAUGGCUUCGGGGUGCAGCAGCCAGGAGAUGCUGCACCCUCGGAUGGAAGUGGGGAGGCUGUCUGGGGGUGAGCGCAGAGGCCUGCAGCCCUUCCCGGAUCCGGGCCGAGCCCCUGGAUGCCACUGAGGGUAGAGGCCAGGCCUGGGGUCCUCCCUCCGCCCUGAUUCUGUGAGCGGCCCCUCCUCCGGCCCCUGCCUCUCACUGCUCCUAGAUGGUGGCGCUCAUGGACCCCGGCGAGGACCCUGAGGACACACUGCACACACACCGGUCCCGGGAGAAGACCUUCAUCUUCGACAUUGUGUUCGACCAGCACACCUCCCAGCAAGAUGUGUUUGCCACCCCCCAGCACUUAGUGGAAGGCGUCAUUUCUGGAUACAACGCGACGGUGUUUGCCCAUGGCCCCUCAGGUGCCAGCAAGACCCACACGAUGCUGCGCAUGGACGCGGGGCCCGGCAUCUACCUGCAGAUGCUCACUGACCUCUUCCAGGCCGUCGAGGAGACCCGUGAGAGCACGGACUGCAGCGUGUCCAUGUCUUGCCUCGAGAUUUAUAACGAAGUGAUCUGGGACCUCCUGAACCCGUCCUCGGGGUUUCUGGACCUGCGGGAAGAUUCUAGGGGCAGCAUCCAGAUCGCAGGCAUCGCGGAGGUCUCCGCCUCAAACACCCAGGAGCUCAGGACCACGCAGCUCCUCACCAAAGGCAACGGGCAGCGCACACAGGAGUCCACCGCCACCAGCAAGAUGUCGUCCCGCUCCCACGCCGUGCUGCAGGUCACCGUGCACCGGCGCAGCCACGGCACAGACAUGGCAGAGGAGGUGCACGUUGGGAGGUUCUCCAUGGUGGACCUGGGGGGCUCGGGGCUGGCGCCUCAGACCCAGAACCGAGGCAAGAGGAUGAAGGAGGGCGCCCCCAUCAACCGCUCCCUGCUGGCGCUGGGCAACUGCAUCAACGCACUCAGCGAGAAGGGCGGCAGCCAGGCGCAAUAUGUGAACUUCCGGGACAGCAAACUCAUGCGCACCUUGGAAGAUGCCCUGGGAGGGAACAGCCGGAGGGUGAUGAUGGCCCACAUCAGCCCAGCCAGCACGCACUUCGAGGAGUCGCGGACCACCCUGCUGUACGCGUACCGAGCCAGGAACAUCAAGAGGAGGGUCAAGCGCAACCUGCUGAACGUGUCCUACCGCAUCGCACAGUACGCGGACGUCAUCUCCGACCUGGGCAGGCAGAUCAAGCACCCCAAGGCCAAGGUGGAGAAGCAGGAGAAGGAGAAGAGAAGCAUCCCAGAGGCCGACAUGCUCAAGCCGCCAUCCCUCCACCCGACACAGAGGAGGACAGCCGCCUGCAGAUGAAGGAGAUCCGGGUGCAGCUCAUCGGGGGCUUCAAGGAGCAGCUGG